CUUCAUUGCUAUAUAUGCAGAGUACAGCCACAAGAAAUCCAGACAGGCAGGGAAGAAUGGGGAAAAUGAGCAUCGUGCCAGUGAUCGAUCUGCAAGAGUCUGGAGAAAAUCUCAAGAAGAAGCUGAGAGAGGCGUGCGAGGAGUGGGGAUGCUUCAGAUUGACGAACCAUCGGAUUGAUUCAAGUCUCAUGGCGGAGAUGAAGAAGGUUGCGAGAUCUCUGCUUGACCUUCCUGUAGAGAUCAAGAUGCGAAACACCGAACAAGUUAUGAAAGCAACUGGCUAUGUUCCUCCAAGUUCUGAGAAUCCUUUCUACGAAAGCUUGGGACUCUACGACAUGGUUUCUUCUCACGCCGUUCAAGAUUUCUGCUCUCGAUUAGAUGCUUCUCCUCAUCAAACGAAAGUGAUAGAGUCUUAUGGGAAAGCAAUUCAUGAGUUGUUGAUGGAUGUGUCAGAAAAGAUGGCAGAGAGUUUGGGCUUGGAAGAAGCAGAUGGAUAUUUCAAGGAAUGGGCAUGGUAUUCCAGGAUGAACAAGUAUAGUUUUACACCAGAAACGGUAGGGUCGUGUGGUGUGUACAUCCACACAGACACAGGCUUCAUCACCAUUUUGCAAGAUGAUGAAAAUGUUGGAGGGCUUCAGGUGAUGAACAAUCAGUCUGGUUUCCUUGUUGAUGUCCCGCCUUGCCCCGGAAGCCUCUUCACCAUUCUUGGUGAUAUUGCCCAUGUAUGGAGCAAUGGAAGGUUUGUGACAGUAAAACACAGAGUAAUGUGCAAGGAAGCAAAUGUGAGAGUGUCAAUAGCUUCAUUCUUGUUGGGACCAAAGAAGGGAGACAUAGAAGCACCUGAGGAGCUUGUGGACUCUGAUCAUCAUCCUCGUCUCUUUAUUCCUUUCUCUUAUGAAUAUUAUCGGAAUCUUAGGAUGUCUCGAAAAAUCCAUGAUGGGGAAUCCCUCGCCCUAGUACGCGUCCAUACGACCUCUAAUUAAAUUUAAAUGGUCAAGAUUAGAAAAAUGAAUGAAACUUAAAUUAUUCAAAUCUAAUAAAUGAAUGAAACUUAAAUUAUUGAAAUCUAAUAUUAACAGUCUAAAUGUAGUCUUAAAUAACUAAGAACGUGUGCAGGGAAUUAUGAGUUAUGUACAUGUGAUUUUUUGUUGUUUACUUGUGUUUUUUUUUUGAACUUAUAAAAUUAUGUAAUUUGAUAAAUUUAGUGUAGACUUUAGUUAUAUUUUUUUUUGCUUCUCAUAGUUGACUAAUUGUACUAUUUUUACUACCACUUUGUAAGUUGUGUUUAUUUCAUUUACAAAAAGUGUAUUUGAUUACUCAAAAUUUGAAAAUGCAAAUACCUACUCCAUGUAUGUUACUCAACGUUAUUAGAAUCGGACUGGAUUGGCCGGUUCAAUUAGUUCAACUGAGAAUCAGCAAGGUAGUUAGUCCAAAAGUGGUAAAAAAUGGAGGCAGAGGGAACUUCCUCUAAACCAUUUGAAUUGGAGGUGAAUUAGGCAAAAUUAAGAGAACCGAUAGUUCAGACGAUUUCCUUUUAAUUCUUUUUCUUUCCCUAAAUUUCAAAUGGGAUAACAAAUGGAAAACUCACACAAAUUCAGCCCUAAAACCAAACCUCCUACAGCUAAUAUCCAACCCUAUGCCCUCAUCUUCAUCUCAUUUGAGUAUUCGACCGUCACAUUUGGGCUCAUCAGUGUCAAACUUAUGUCUAUUCUAGUGUCACUCAAUCUCAUUGGCAUCGUGUGCUAUGUUUUAGUGUUCCUUGAUCUUAUUGGUAUCGCAAUUGUGCUCAUGGAUCAUGCUCUUUAGCUUCAAGUUUCUUCCAGUCUUCAGUAUCAUAGUCUUGCUCAUGGCCCUUGCUCUUUGGCUUUGAGUUUCUUCCAGCCUUUAGUGUCAUCUCAGUCGGGUUUCUUCCACAGUUAUGCUAGUCUCCUCUUUUCAUUGUUCUUAAAUAAUAUUUAUUAUUCAAUCAUUUUGUUUUGGUUGCUAAAUGUUAUUGUAAUUCUACAAAUUUUGAUCGUAUGAAAGUAUCGUGUUGUGCACGAAUCACUUUGAAUAUGGAUAACCCUAUGUUGUUUGGUUUAAUUUGUAUUAGAUUUCAAUGUUAUAUUGUUAGUAUGUAAUUGGAU